AUGUUCCUUUGUUUUGCUCUGACUCCGUGUGUUUCGUUUCUCGUUCUUGGUUUCCAGGUGAAGUACUCGACGGAUCCCGCCAAUCCCACCAAGUCCGCCAAGGCCAUGGGCCGGGACCUGCGUGUUCAUUUCAAGAACACUAGGGAAACAGCGCUUGCCCUGAGGAAGAUGUCGCUCAACAAGGCCAAGAGGUACCUUGAGGAUGUGUUGGCACACAAGCAAGCCAUCCCCUUCCGGAGGUACUGCCGUGGUGUUGGACGCACAGCCCAGGUGAAGAACCGUCAGCCCAAUGGUCAGGGACGCUGGCCUGCCAAGUCUGCUAAGUUCGUUCUGGAUCUUCUAAAGAACGCUGAGAGCAAUGCUGAGGUGAAAGGUCUUGAUGUUGAUGCUCUCUACAUUUCACACAUCCAAGUGAACCAGGCCCAGAAGCAGCGGCGCCGGACCUACCGUGCCCAUGGACGCAUCAACCCCUACAUGUCCAACCCAUGCCACAUUGAGCUGAUCUUGUCGGAGAAGGAAGAGCCGGUGAAGAAGGAGGCUGAGUCCCAGAUCGCCAGGAAGGCCUAG